AUGCCUGCCUCCUUCGAUGAACCCGACUUCCCAGGACUCUACAAACUCGUAGUAGUCGACACCCAAGCGGGUCUAACCGAUGGAUACGAGACCGUCGACUGUCUCGAAGAUCCAUUACCAAAGGAUCCUCAAAGGUCAAAUCUUCUCGGACUCAACGACUACAAUAUUUCAUACGUGAGAUAUAUCAACAGGGUCAUUGAGCAUAUUAAUGAUGGUCCGGAACUUGUGGGAACGGAAUUGAAAUAUUUCUUGCAGAAUUGGGGCGUUCUUACUGAUCUUGGUAAUAAGUUUUGCUUGUCACUGAAGCUUGGACAGCGGAAUGCGUAUUUUGAUGAGUAUUCGGAUUUGGAUGAUCGGUCGGGGACGAGAUCGCCUUUGAGGCGUUGA